UAUGACGAAGUGUUUCAGUGUUCAAACGAAAUUAUUCGAGAGUGGAUCUGUGAUUUAAAUACGCGAAUGAUUUUCUUUGAAACGCAUCGAUUUAUUUAAUGUUUAAGGAAAAUUCUUUUUUAAUUAUUUAGUGCUUGUGGUAAUUCAAUGUUCUGACAUUUUCAAUUUAACUAUCGUUUCUGUGAAGCAAAAAAGUGCGCAACCUGGUUCGAUAUUGAUAUAAACUUAUUGGGAUUACAUCAAGAGCGUGCAAAAUUAUGGCUAGGAAUCCAUCUCAUACCAAUAUACCUGAAAUUGGAAUCUCAUCCCGAAUUCCACAAAUUCGCGCAGCUAAGCAAUCAAAAAUAGCGAAACCAUCCGGAACGGUGGGAUCCAAAUUAUCAACAUUGCCCAAAUCAUUAUCAAACGAAAAAAUAUGUCAAGCAUCUAGUCUGGUUCAUAACACUACGAAGACAUUGUUUAAGAGUAGAUUUGGAAAACCGCCUGACCCGGAACUACGGCCAAAAAUGAAUCCACAGCCGAGGCAACCCGCACCAGUUUCAGACACAAGCUCAUCAACUAAAGAUUCGACUUUUGCUAUCAGUCGACCAGCUCUAAAACGUUCAGAUACGUUCGACAAAUCUGAACCGAGUGUUGUUCCACAAGCCGUAGAUGUAGGAAAUAAUUUAACGCAAAACGUGAUGAGCAAACUGCAAGAACAGACAUUUACUACAAGCAACCCUUCUAUACGCAUGAGCAUAUCACCAAUUGCUCCAUCAUCUGCACAAUUCGCAGUGCCUCGGACUAUUACAAAGGUUAAGAAGGUGGUUGCUGCACAAAUCAGUUCUACACCAUUUCGUGAAACUCCAAUUGCCAAUUACAGCACAAAAUAUCUGUGCAAUGAAAAACCGUUACCGCCGAUAUCAUUCGACAUUACUGGCACAGAUCCGACAGAAUUUUCCCAAACUACGCAAGAUAAGUCACCGGCAACUAAUCAGUCAGAUUUUAUUGCUGAUACUACAGAGCCAAGCUUUUUGUGUCAGGCGAAUCUGUCACCAUUCGACAAUACCGCUACUUGUUCGACGCCUUCAGUAAUCAACCGGAAAAAUAAUCAGUUAGGCUCAUUGCUGGACGCGACCUGCGAUAAUAUUGCCGAUACAACAGAACCAAGUUUUUUUAGAAAAUCUACACCAGCUGUUCCACUACCGUCGCUGGAAAAAUUACAUGAUUUAGCCGAAAACUUGAGGGAUGACAAUUUACUGGUGGACACAACGAUGAAUAUCUCCAAAACUGAUUUGAAUUCCACCGUAACUGUGUCGUCAAAUGAAAGAAUCAAUGACACUGACAAUGACGAAUCAACAAUCAAAAGUACCACUAUGCUUCUUUGCCUCGGCGAUGAAAGUAGACAUGAAAAUACCCUCGUUCCCUUAGUACCAGAUCAUGCAGAAGUAAUGGAAAUUGACGAUAGAGGAAACAUGGCUUCUAGUGCUGAUGUUACCGGUGCGUCAAGUACUCCUAUCGACAUGCCGAACAAGCAAAGGUUUUCAUUUGGUCAGGAUAUAACUGAAUGGACAUUGGAUUGCUCAAUUGAACUGUACGAUUCGUCUGUUGGAUCUAGUGCCGCCAAUGUUGGAUCACCGAGUCACAUGAAAAAGCAACAUUCCUUCGAUGAGAAAAGCUUAAGCAUACUAACUCCGGAUCAAAUGAAAGAGUUUCUGGAUUCGAACAAUACAAAUUUGAAUUUGGAUCUGCCGCUAUUCCCGAAAAUGCCGAUGCAUCAAUGCCGUAUCGAUCAGACACCUUCACCGGAAGAAUUGCCUUUGGAUCCGAUUGGUGUUAAGACCGAUGUUUCUGAUAUGUCGACGGUAACGGAUAAUCAAAUGAAUAACGGACAGUACGUACACGAACAGCAGCUGUCGCAAACAGAUUCAUACUCGAAAACCGAUCAGAUGACUAAGUCAGCUGCCUCGAAAGUUUCGAACAGUUUCAUAACAAGUGUAACUAGUAUAACAAGCUUGGACACUGGAUAUCAGGGAGAUGGAGAAAUGUCAAGACCAGCCAGCCGUGGCGGUGAUCAUUCUCCAUCAAAUAUGCACGGCAUUCACUCAAUGCGACCGAUUGGUGGUCGAGAACCACUGCUCAUGAACAAUAAUCAAAAUAAUAUUGCGAUCGUUCGAAGACAGGAUCCAAUGACUGACUCAGAUUUCUUCACUGAAAGCGACGCAGACGAUAUAGUUAAUCGCGGGGAUCGUCGAGCGCAAGUAAUUGAUGGACAACUGUAUGGUGCACCAAUGGUACAAGAUGCCAAUGUGAACCACUAUGUCAAUCAACAACCAUCCACCGAGGACUCGUGCAUGGAAUCAAGUGGCAUAUUUACAGAUGCUGAAAAUCGUGGUGACGACGAGCUACAUCGAAGUGCAAUGGAUAGCGAUAUGUCUCCAGAUGGAUCGACUGAUACAAUUAAAAGUUCAAAUACAGAAUACAAUAACAAAAAGAAUUCAACCGUAAUAGAAGCACAUACAGACACAUUCGUGAACAAUCAUCAAGGGCACAGCAUGUCAGACAGCACAACGUCGACUAUAAACAGUGGUUGUGAAAAAGAGCAAAAACACAACAAAAAUGAAGCAAACGUUGCGCUGAAAAAACACGAAAUGUCGAAAUCGAAGCGACUGAGUGGAGAGAAAAUAAAAAAUGCUUCGUCCAGCGGUGUUUUGUCUAGUGUCGGUGACAUUGAAAAUCAGGAAAAUAAACGACCUGUAACAAGUGGCAGUGCACGUAAAGUGGUACCGAAUAAAUGGGACGCCGUUAUGAAUAAGAUCGCGUCGAAUAAGACGAGUGUGAAGUCGAAAAAUUACAAUGAAGUGAAAUCGAAAGUGACAUGUGGACUGACGAAGAAAAGCUCACCGGGCGUGUUUAAGAGUCCGACCGUUGAAGAUGACGUUUUUGUGGCAACAUCAAAGCGCAAUUAUUCGUUGUCGUCUAAAAGAGGAAGGACACACAGUCAACAAAGCUCACAAAGUGAUAUUAGCGAAAAUGUUGGUUCGUCGAUAACUAAGCUGCGAGCAAAUUCAACAUCAACUCCACGUGCAGCUAAAAAACGCGAUGUCCGUGCUAUAAUUACACCAACCGAUUUGACAACUGGUAAAAGUAAUGGAACACUUAAGCCGAUAUCUUUACAAAAACGAUUUUCGAAUGGAUCGUCUUCAGCUGUUUCUUCUUCACCAACGGAACAAAAGUCAUCACCUCCACCCAAGAAAUUUUUAUCCAAACGAUCGGCUCAAUCUGCGUCAUCGAAGACACCGUUGAAAGAUCACAAUCGUUUGGUCGGAUCUGGUACACCAACCACAACAACAACACCACCACCACCAACAACAAUAUUACAAGCAACAUCCCGUAAGAUAGAUACUAGUCCCAGAGGUACAAUUUCGCCAAAAACAACGAAACGAGUACUGCUAUCACACACAUCGCCUCAUUCAAUUCAAAAUGCAACCCACCACACGAACAACAUUGUUCAGAACGAUAGGAUAUUCAACAGCAGAGCUCAUGCCAGCCAAAUCGAAAGAAUUGUGAAUAAUGGUAAAAUCGACAAUUGUUUGAAUGGUACCACUCCGAGUGUCAUCACAGCAACCAUAGCCACUUCAACGAUUGAUGUGGUUGAUCCGAAUUUGAUUCGUGCUAACAAGGGCGUUGCGGCAUUGGGAGUGUUGGUUAAAUAUCUUGUCGAUGAUUUGGACGCAUUCAGUAUUCCGCAUCUCAAAAAGACAAACGAAAGCCUGAGCAAAAUGUUAAUGGAUACAAAAGUACAGCUGGAAAAUGCCCGACUAUGUUGCUCCCAAUUAGAGGAUCAAAUGGCUGAAAAAAAUGCAUUCUUCAGUAACCGAGAAAAGGAAAUUGAGGAUCAUUACAAUGGCGAAUUAAUAAAAGUGGAGAAUCGAUUCACUGACCUCGACCAGUCCACUAAAGCACGCAUAGCACUACUAGAGGAGAAGCUUCAAAAUACAACCAAUCACUUCCAAACAUCACUGGCUGAGAAAGAUGAAGAAUUAGUGCUGGCUAAGAACAACGCAGAUGAACUUUCGAAACGAAUCAAAGAUCUGAGUUCAACGGAAAAUGAGCUUCGCGAAAAGGUGCUGGCUAGUGAAACAGAAUUCAGUGAACGGUUACAAGCAUCUGCAAUGCGUGAACGUGAACUCACCGAGAAGUUCAGCGUACUGAGCAAGGAUUUAACCGAAAAAUUGAGCUCAGCAAAUAACGAAAUUAUGGUGUUACGCAGUACAGUGGCUGCAAAGGUGCCUCCUUCACCAAAAGUGUCUAAGGAGCAACCGAUUACAUUCGAGAACGAGAUUCAGAGCUGGCGUUCGGUGCUGGAAAUGAAGCAGAAGGAAAUUUCUGACCUGAAAAUGCAGAACCUUACCUUAGAGAAUAAUGCCGCAGCGUUGCCAGGUGCUCUAACAAAGAUUGCAGUAUUGGAAUCACGACUCGAAGACUUAACAAUUCAACUGAAAAUCAAAACUGACGAGGAGCAGGACCUUUUACAGAAGAACAGGCAACUUGAACAGUCGUACAAACAGGAAGUGAAAAAUCGGUCAGUGGUGAGUCUCGACAAUGAGCAACUGAAGUACCGACUCAAAACAAAUACCGAAAAAUUCUCCUCGGCCAUCAUUGAAUUAGCCAAAAGUCAAACGGAAUCGUCUAUGUUGUCUGAUUUAUCGAUCACGUUGAACGGAUCGGACAAUGUUUUCGGAAAUGAUACAUCAUCACCGCCAUCAACACCGGUGGUCAAAGGAGUCGUAGAGAAAACUGCUUCCGUUUCUUAUGUUCUUGAAAUCAACGACGAAGAAUCACCUGAAGCAUUAGCAUCACGAAUUAUUCGACGUGCUGGCUCAUUCAGACAGAAUGAUCGAAAUCGAUUGGUGCAGCAAGGAAACGCUUUAACCCAAUCUGCCUCAGCAACUUCAAUCCUACGACAACAUUCCGAGUCGGGAACACCGCGUUCGCACUUAAAUACCAUUCGAAACAGAUCGAAGUCCGUCAGCACCAAUUCAACCAACACACCGAGUUUACAGGACGACAAACAGUCAACAGUGAACAGUAAACUCAACGUACCACAGUGGAAGACUCCGCUGUGCAGUAGUUCACCGAACAGUAAACGCACUAUACAGGCGGCGAACAACUCGAAAGACAACGAUGUGCUACUGUCCGAGGAAGAAUCAGAAACUGAAUGCGUACGGCCAUCAAAUGCCGAAAAAGGACAAUAUUUUCGUCGAAGCAAUUCGUAUAAACAUACCAAACGUGGUUUAAUCACCUGCAACACAGCAGCGCUUACUUCACAACGACCUGAUUUAUGUCUCAGUUUGCCGAUGCAUCCAACUGUGAAAGAAUUAAAGAAAUUCCAGCAAAUCAAAGAGUCGGCUGGUGAAGCUAUGGUAUCAGGAACAAAUUCCGAGGAUGAAGCCAGUACCGCCUCAUCGGACGGAUCAUUGUCUAGUCGCAGCAGUUCAUCGGGACGACGGCGUUCGUCUCUUGAAGAUGCUAAUAUUGAGAAAAUUGUUGCUAGUCUUGGGGCGAAUAACGAGCCCGCAACGGGUCUGGUCGGAACUCCAAUGGAAGUGAGCUGGUCAGACGAUGUUGACCAUUUUGCUAGUGAUUCGGCUGUAUGAUAUGAUGAUAGUUUUUAAGUUUCCAUUUUUUUUUAUUUAUAAAUUAUUUUGCGAAUUAUACGUCGAUGGACUUCACGAUCCACGAAGACGGGAAGAGCAACUAAAAAAGGAAAAAGAAAAAUAUUUUUUGUUUAUAGAGUGACUAACAGUAUAACUACACUGUGUACUGAGAUACGUUUUUUUUGCAACAUUUUCAAUUUGAAGAAACGACAUCAUUUUACCUUUAAUUUCAACUAAUAUUGUGAAACAUUAGGGUCCACCCAGUUUCAAUAUUGUAAAAUAAAAUAACGUUUUUCGUAUAACAUCAAGAUUUUACAUAAUGGAUGCGUUGUACUCGAAUGAUCGAUGAAAGCAAUUGAAAGGCGACUUCUGUCGGACAAAAAGGUGAACAUGGACUGUAGGUUGUAGGAGUAGAUGAUUUACAUAUUAUACAUCAAAAAUGUCACAAUUCCAUUCUCAUGUCGGUCGUUGAUCGUUGAAUGUAAUUUAGUUACAGUCUGACCGACUUUAAUUGUUCAAGCGCAGUGGGUAACAUUUUCCGAUCAUUGUUGCAUCUCUCAGAUUUCUAAGUCUGGAUUUGGUGCUUUUAUCAUACAAUAGUUCAUACCCAUUAGACUUUCGUGGGACAAACAGCGGAAUUUCGUGUUAAAAUUAUUGAUCUCAAAAAGAGUUUUUGCAAUUCUUUGUUCGUGUUGUUUCAAUUAUCAUUGUAAACGUUGACCUAAAUUUCAAAAAGAGAUUCCCGUUGCCUGUUAAAGCGGUCACACGUUAGACGUCAUUUAAAUUCACAAAAACACGAAAAACCUCAAACGGUUCACUGAAUCUUUAAGAUUUUUUUGUGAUUUUUUCGAAUUUAAUUAUGUAGAAUCGUACUCCCAGUCCAAUCGAUAGUUAUCUGCGAAGACGAAACAGAAUUUCCCAUGUUCCAUACCGAUUCCUGCGGCAGCUGUAAACUUUUAAUUUCAAUCAAACGUUUCAGUGCAACAAAAUUCCAUUUUAUGUUUUGUUCAACAGCAUAAAAUUGAUAUUGUAGACAUCAAAGAGCAUCGAAUCUCUGAAAUCAAAUCUGUGCUAAGCAUAAAAUGUGCUAGUCCGAUACAUCGGUGACAAAGUCAAGUUUAUUGGUAAUGGACAAAGUCACAAUGGUGCAACAACCAUGAAGGAACAACCUUUUUUUUGGUCAACUGGCUGUACGGUGAUAUUUUUAAAAUUUAAAUCGAUAAAUCAAAAGCGAUCUUAAAUCAAGUGCAUAAAAUU